GCAAUCUCUCCCUCUUUUGUAGAUCGAUUCACUUGUCGAUCCAGACCAGAUCCCCUCUUGGCCCAAACUAAGACAAAAACAUAACAUGGUUACUCCGUCGGACACGCUGAGGAGGCGUGCCAUCCGCCGACCGCGCUAUCGGAGGGAUGAUAUGAAGAUCGAGAUCCGCGGCGACCACACGGACGGCGACCACAAAGACGGCGACCACACGGACGACGAUUCAUCUGACGAGGAGGACUCGCCCUCGCCCUCGAAAACGCAGUUCCCGCAAAACGCACCGCCAACCCAGCCGCCGCCCGCCCUCAACCCAGCCGAUCCCACGCCAACCAUCCCGUCCACCGGUUCCUCGGGCGAGCCCCAGCAGACCGAUGGCCCAGGCAGACCUCAGCGCGAGCAGCCAUCUUCCGUUGCGUCGCAACCGGCCCCUACCGCCUUUCCCCAGACCACGGCUAGCUCUGGUGCGCAAUCAACGAGCGAUGUUAGUAGAGGAGAAAACGAGGCCGGGCUCGGACGUGACAGGUCGACCGAGGUGGGCUGGACGCCUACCGCUAUUGCGUUCGGAACUAUUGCCAUCGCGGCCCUGUGCCUCGUCAUCGGCGUCAGCAUCUGGUGGUUCCUCCGCUUCCGGAAACGCCGGAGAGCCCGGCAAAUGCACGAGCGCGGCAUGCCCCCUGACGGCCUCUACUGGGAUCCGGCCAUGAACUUCUCGCCUCCGACAGCUCCCGCCCGUCGGGCCCCUUCGAGCAUCAUGGCCGAGCUUAUGGACCAGGCAUACGCCGCCGAGAAUGGCGGCUACUACGGCAACCCGGACCGCAACUCGCUCACCCCUCAGGGCUACCUCGACGAGAAGCGCGUCGACCCGACCCGCCAGCUGCCCAUUCUUGAGCCCGCCCCCGUCGCUCAGCCCAAUGUCCGCAACUCCAUCGCCAGCUGGAUCCGCCGCCACCACCCGCUCAAGCUGAACCCGUUGGCCGGCCGCAGCAGCGUCUACUCCACGCGCAGUGUCAGUCCCGGCUCCCGUUCCGUCGAUGCCACCGCCCCGCCUGUCCCUGCCGUCCCUGUCGCCUACCGAAGCACCGACCGCGUCGAUAGCCCCGGACCCGGCAACUCCAACAACCCGCAGUACGCCUCCUCCAGCCGGUACGACACCGACAGCCAGUCGAUCCGCGACGACACCAACUCCAUCCUGUCCCUGUACCAGAACCGGCCCCUGCAGGUGCCCGGCCAGCCGGAGUCAUGGCUGGUGGAGCCGCCCGCGCCGCUCUUCGCUCAGCGCGGCGUCUCCAUGGCCCCGACCGAGGUCACCGACCGGACCGAAAGCACAUGGCGCACCUGGGGCGCCGGCGCCUCACAGCCCCUGAACCAGGUCCCCGCGGCCGAUGCUCCGCGCCCGGGGUGGAUCGAGAGGUGCAUCAAGUUCGGCGGUCUGAAAUGAGUGCGGCCCCCCCCCUCCCGUUCUUUUUGAAGGGAGGAGUAGCUUUGUUUCAUUAAUAUCUGUACAAAAGAGAGAAACCGGGGCGCGAAAUCUUCCCCCAGCCCAUAGUUUAUUGCUGCUGCAGGUUGGACCGGACUUUGACAACCCCCCUUUGGCACGCGUUCAUCAUAAAGCCGAUACCAUAGUGUUGGACACCUGCUUCGAAUGUGCAUAUUGACCAGACAAC